AUGGCUAGUGAAUCUUCGACUUCGAUUAACUUUUACGGGGGUAUACACAACAGUGGGAUCAUAGCAUCAGAGGCUACUAACAAUAGGAGUGUGACGAAUACAACACAUCCAGAAAAGAAAAGACCGGCCGAGGAAGAUUCUCAUGUAACCACUUCUCCUCCCAAUCUUCGGCAUCGCACUCCAUCGCUCAAUUAUAUUUUAAUAAGUUCCGAUAGCGAAUCUGAUGAAGACGAUAAUUCGGAUAAUGAAGAAAGAUUUCGUCUUGAUAUAAAUACCGUUUUGUUUGACGAUUAUGGUGAUCAAAGUGAAAGAGAUUCCGAGUGGAAAUUACAGGAUGGUCGGCAGCUUGUAAAAGCUCUUAAGAGUAAGACUUCCGAAAUGAUAAACCUAUUUCUGAAAAAAGACAAAAAGGAGCAAACUUUAAUUGCGAAAAGUGUCAUCAGGUUAGGAUUGUCUUCUAUAAUUGAUUUAUCGUCCGAAUUCGAAGACGGAAUGUAUUCAUGGUUUGAGAAGGAUUGGGCCAAUAUAAAAAAAAAGGUCUAUAAAAUUGUUGAUAUGAAACCGAAGGGUUUCGAGAAGGAAGUGGAAGAUGUGAUAGACAUCAUUGAGGAGGAAAGUGACAUCUAUUGGCUUUUAAAGAUGUGUAAAUGUUACUUUGUUUACUUAUCUUUAUGCCUAUUUGACUAUAAUCAGAUGUGUGGCGCGUACAAAUACAAUGAAGCCCGAGAUUAUUCAUAUAAGAUCAAAACUAGCAAUACCUCUCAGACGUUAAUACAAAUAUCAAAUGUUUAUUUUUAUGUAAUCGACAAAUUUUUAAGAAACCCUUUUAUCUUUAUUGAUAACUCCGGAAAGUGCCAAGAAAUGAGUGAAAUCGAAUAUGCAAUUGAGAUGAUUGCACCGAUAAUGAGUGAAAUAUUUAAUGAUACAUCCAAAUAUAUAAAUCUUCGCUGGGGAGAGACACUUUCCAAUGUAAUGUCCGAUCGGCGUAGAAGGAUUGAUUUACGGAUCAUUCGUGUCGCGGAUAAACUUGAACUAAGUCAUUCAGAAUGUGCAAGGAUUUCAUCUCCUACCAAAGUAAUACAUGAUCGGUCGAAAUGUUUACGUACGCUGAAAGGUGUUUUAAAUAAUUUUUUGAAAAGAGACUUAACUGAUGAAGAAGUGCGAGAUUCAAAAAUUCUAGGAAUUCAGUUUUCUGGUCUACACGGUCAGAUUAUAGGCAUAGAACUUUUAGACGAUGGGUUAUAUUUCGGACUUGAAGGACCAACUUUUGAAUUUCCGACACAACUUACGAAUAUUACAUGUCUCCGAAGUGCAUUGGAGGCUUUAUUUUUUUUCAAGAAAAAUAUCGUUGAAAAAGCAAAACUACAAGCUGAUCCGACGAAGACUUAUAAUCCUCUUCAUAAGAUACUACAUCGAUCGAGUAGCUCAAAAGCAAAACAUUUCAAGAUCAAGUAUAUUCGAGAUACAUAUUUUACUUCAAAAAAAAAGGAAAAAGGAUCAGAAUAA